AGAUUGGAACUUGUAAUGAUUUUGAGUCAACAAUUACAAAAUCGAGUAAUUUAUAAGAUCUCAACACUUUUUUGUCCAGAAUCAGAUAUAUCAAACCCCAGUUCUGAUUGUGUAAAGCACAGAAAGAGUACAAACAAUGAGAACUCAAAUCUCAUUAACCCUCUUAAUUACUUUCACAAUCCUCUUUUCUAAUUCUUUUGCUUUUCAAUCUGAUGAACUUCUUGUCGAUGAAGAUGAAUUUGAAGGAAUUUCAGCAACACAAUCUCCAAAUCCCCCACGAUCUUCAACUCCUCCUCCUACAAUUACCACUAAAACAAGGAAGAGAUCAUCAGAUUCAGAUGUCGAUUCGAAGCUGCAAUUUAAUCUUGAACAUGCUUUUGGAGAUUCCCAAUUCUCCCAUGCUGGAACUUUCUCUGCUCGUCUUAAGUCCUCGUCACACGGUGCUCAGACCCUUACCAAAUUGCGCUUUUCAAGAAAUACCUUGACAGACUUAGAGAAGACAAAGUUUAAGGAGUUACUGCAAGCUGAUGAUUUCUAUAAAAUAAGACUUCCUUCCAAUGUCGUGAGUCCUCCAGGAAGAAAUUAUACUGUUUCAGUUGUAAAGGCGAGAUGUCUUGCUUUAGAGUCUUUGGAUGAACACUUUGUUAUACACAUGGAAGGUGUUAACAUUUUGGCCGUCAACUAUGGUCCUCCAGGGGCAUGCCCAUAUCCUCGGCAGCUAAAAGUUCCAUCCAAGUGGUCUUUCAAUUCAUAUCCUGUGUUGAAAUACAGUGAGCUGGCACCAAGAACUCCAAUUUUUACUGAAGAAACUCCAGAGGAGACUGCAGAGGCUGAAGCCAUGAAGCAACCAGAAAAGUCUUUUUGGGCAAAAUAUUGGAUGUAUUUGAUCCCUCUUGGGCUGAUGCUCAUGAAUGGUAUGACGCAAGCUAUGAACAUGCCAGAGGAGCAGGGCAGUGGUCAAUCAGGAGCGCAGCAGGCAGGAAGAGCUCCGAGUGCUGCAGUACGAAGAAGAUAGUAAUUUUUCCAAAGCUUCUGGUUACUUGAGUUGCAGCAGAUAAACAUAGCAAGAUUGAUUGUUUAUGAUGUUUCUUCAAGGACACAGAAAGCUAAUCCUAAAGUUUUAUCGAAGCAUACCGACAUUUACUGUUGUGAGAAAGAUUGCUCAUAUUUGUACAAGGGCUAGCAUGUGUUCUAGUUUUCUAGUUUCCCCGGCAUUCGUAGAUUUGAAUAAUUUUGCAGUUAAAAGAUAGAAUAUAUGCCUUCAAACCUAUGUAAUACUUAUGCUCUUGUUGCGGAAUUUGGUUUCAUCUAAAUAGUUGAUUUUUUUUGGCACCCA